GACGGACGUCGUGACCGCGAGAGCAUGCGUUCAGUUCAGUGUUGUUUCUUGCUCUUCUCACGACCGGCGUAUAAAUAAGUAAAUUUUUCGAUUACCUGUUGCUGUAAUAAUACUUAAUUAAAAUGGGAAAGAAAGAUAAGAAAAAGAAGAUUAGUGGAACUGAGAAAACGUUGAAGAAAACCGAAAAGAAAUUCAAUGCGAAAAUGAAAAAGGAACUGGCCGCUCUCGGAGAGGACGACAUUGAAAAGGUCGUAGCUCAAAUUGAGAAAGAGGAGGCACGUAGGCAAAAAGUUGUGGAAGCCGUGGUUGCUCCACCAUCGCGCAGAGUUAACUUUUCUUUGACUCCUCAUCCUUUCAAAGAUGAAUUAAUCAUGUUUGGAGGUGAAUUUUAUGAUGGACAAAAGACAGUGGUUUAUGGUGACCUUUUCUUUUAUAAUAUCAGCAAAAAUGAGUGGACUGUUGUUAAAGCACCAGGUGCUCCACCACCUCGGUGUGGUCAUCAAGCAAUAGCCACCCAGUCUAAUAAGGGAGAGCUUUGGAUUUUUGGAGGAGAAUUUUCUAGUCCAUCAGAGUCACAAUUUUACCAUUAUCGGGACCUUUGGGUGUUUCAUAUAGGAGAAAAAAGAUGGGAGAAGAUAACAGCUCCAGGAGGACCUUCUGCAAGAAGUGGACACAGAAUGAUCAAUAUUAAAAAAAAUUUGUAUGUUUUUGGAGGCUUUCAUGAUAACUUGAGAGAUUAUAAAUAUUUUAAUGAUAUAUAUUGUUUUAAUAUGGCAACGUAUAAAUGGUCUAAGCUUGAUACAUCAGGAAAUCCUCCUGCUCCUAGGUCAGGCUGUAUAGUUUUACCCACACCAGAAAACAAAAUUAUUGUUUAUGGUGGGUACAGUAAAGAAAGAAUAAAAAAAGAUGUUGACAAAGGUCAUGUUCAUACAGAUAUGUUUUUGUUAACCCCUGAAAAAAAUGAUCAAACAGGUUUAAAAUGGAAAUGGUCUAUUGUAAAACAGGGUGGAAUAUCAGUUUCUCCUCGAUGCAGUGCAUCAGCUGUAAUUGUUCAACCACAUUUAGCAUACAUGUUUGGAGGAGUUUACGACAAAGAAGACAAUGAUGAAGAACUUCAUGGAACCUUCUUCAAUGACCUUGUUGCAUUCAAUCUGAGUAAACUGCAAUGGCACACAGUUAAUUUAAGUGGUAAAAGUGAUACAACAGUCAAAAGAAGAAGAAGAAAAGUCAAGGACAACGAAGGUGCCGAAGAUGAUGAUCAAGAUGACGAAAAUGAAGAAGAAGAAGAUGCAAGGGAUGAAGCAAUGGAUGUCACACCUGCUAAAACUAUUGUGACUGACGAUGAUGGAAUAUUCACAGUUACUCUGGGUCCAGCACCAACAGCCAAUAAAGUAAUUGCAGAUGAUGGAACAACAAUUAAUAUCUUCACGCCAUCAGCUAGAAUCAAUCCUGGUUUAGCUGUUAAACAAAAUACUCUAUACUUGUAUGGUGGCAUGUUUGAAGAUGGUGAUAGGACAUAUACUUUAAAUGACUUUUAUAGUUUAGAUUGUAAAAAAUUAGAUGAGUGGACGACGAUAGUAAAAGACGAUCUAUCAACCCAAGUUUGGUUGGAUUCAGGUUCAGAAUCAGGUUCAGAUGGAGAGAGUGGUGAAGAUGAUGACGACGACGACGACGACGACGAUGACGAUGAAGGUGAAGAUGAUUCUAACGAAGAAAUGGACGUUGAUGAUAAGUGAUUUUAUGUAUAGAAAAAUGAAAUUUUUUAAAACUCUUAUUAUUAAAAAAUUAUUUACAACAAUAUAGAUCUAUGUUUUUACAAAAUAAAAAACAAUGUUUUUAUCACGUU